GAAUGCGCAUAUAUAUCGAUAUGAUCUAAAACUAAAUGAAACUUAAGUAAAGACUACGAUUUAAUAUAGUCUAUUUACUUAAAUCAUUAAGUAUUCCAUGAAGAAGUAAUAUUAUAUGUUGCAACAGCUAAAAACUCUUUCGCUGAGGAAGGAGUGAAUUUUGUGAAUAUUAUGAAUUAUGUAUUGAUAUGGAUGGUUGCAUGUUAAUCCUUGCCGGUGAUACGAUAUUAACAAUUGUCAGUGGUGUAUGUUCCAAGAUUAUAACAAAUGGACACUCAUUUCAUUUUUAUUGGUAUUAAUAUAAUAAUUAUAUAUCUUCAAAUUGAGGGAAAUGAAAUAAACUGAACCAAAGUGGAACAAUUUCCAGGAAUAAUUUUAGGAUACACAUAUAAAUUGGUAUAAAGAAAUAAUAAUAGAAAUAAUUAUAUCUAUUAAAUAAGUUUUCCAAUCUGCAAUUAUGCAAGUACCAUAUCCAGAUGGGAACUUAAUUUUAUUAGUUAUGCUGGUCUUAAAAGUGGUGUUAGCAGACGAUAUGCCUAAAGUGUUAGUGUGGGGCCCAGGUCUACAUUCAAGAAUUGUCUUACCAGUUCGGUAUUUCUUUAUUCAAGUUCAGAAUAAAUAUGGAGAAAAUAUAACACAGUCUUUGGGUGAAAAGGCUUUUGACGUAACUUUAGAUCAACCAAAUGGAAACCGCGUACGAGCUUGGAGACAAGUACUGGAUAGGAAUGAUGGCUCGUACAUUAUUAGGUUUCGAAUGUAUGAAUCUCACUCAGAUUUAAGCAUUAACGUUUUAUACAAUGGAAACCACAUUGGAGAUUCUCCAUACAAGCUCAAAGGAAUGACAUAUCAUGAAAAGUGUUAUUGUCCAAUUAAAUCUACGAAGAAUUGGCUGAAAGAUUUAAAAUGUGAAGAAAAUUAUCAUCAAAUAGAUGAAGAUCUUUCACAAUUUAAUCAAAUUGAUAUGUCACAAGUUUCUAAAGCAGCAGUAUCAAGAUAUAGCAAUGCUGGUCAACACAGUUUGUGUCAUUAUAAAAUUAUUAAUAAUCAGAUCUAUCGCAAGACGUAUGGAGAACAUGUUGGGUUUAAAAUGUUUACAGAUGCUGUUUUCCUCUCCAUUACUCGCAAGGUUAAACUUCCUGAUGUGGAAUUUUUUAUAAAUUUGGGAGACUGGCCUUUAGUAAAGAAGGGAAAAAAAUCUGAUCUCCUACCGAUAUUUUCUUGGUGCGGCUCUGAUGAUUCCCAUGAUAUAGUAAUGCCAACUUAUGACAUAACAGAAGCUACGUUAGAAAUGAUGGGAAGAAUUUCCUUAGAUAUUUUUUCCACUCAAGCAAAUUCAGAUCCGAAGUGGGAAGAUAAGAUAGAAAAGGGAUUUUGGAGAGGCAGAGAUAGCAGACAGGAACGAUUAGAUCUUGUAAUGAUGUCGAGGAAAAAUCCAGAUUUAAUAAAUGCAUCAUUGACUAAUAUGUUCUUCUUCCCCAAAGAUGAAGGAAAAUAUGGCAAAAUUGUUAAAGCAAUUUCAUUUUUUGAUUUUUUUAAGUAUAAAUAUCAGAUAAAUAUAGAUGGAACAGUAGCUGCAUAUCGACUACCAUAUUUAUUAACUGGAAGUUCGGUGGUGUUUAAACAAGAUUCACCAUAUUAUGAGCAUUUUUACCAUCAAUUAAAACCUAAUGUGCAUUAUGUUCCAUUUAAAAGAGAUUUAAGUGACUUGUUAGAAAAAAUAAGAUGGGCAAAAGAGAAUGAUGAAAAUGUAAAAAAUAUUGCAAAAAAUGCAAAUAAUUUUGUGAGAGAAAACCUGAAUCCCAAAGAUAUAUAUUGUUAUCAUGUGAAGUUAUUUGAUAAAUAUUCUAAACUUUUAAGAUUCAAACCGAAGUUAGAAGAUGGAUUUGAAUUAGUUCAACAGCCAACAGACAUUGAUUCCAGCUGUGACUGUAAAAGAAAAGAAAAGAAGAAGAAAGAUGAACUUUGAUAUGAAAUUGUAAAUUGUAACGGCUAUGCAAUCUAUAUUAUUCGCGAGGAAAUUUAUUGAAAUGGUGCUAUUCUAUAAUGAACAAAAACUGCCAUACAAAAAAAAUCUGAUGCGGGAGGGAAGUUUUUAUUAUUGUGUUUUUCUUUCUGUUUUAUAUGUUUUUAUACGCCCACAUGGAAAUGUUGACAUAUAUUGCCGUUGCCCCUGUCCGUCCGCAGUCCACAAUUUCUUGUGAAUGCUCUAAUGCCAAAAGUUAUCAUCCGAUUGUUUUAAAAUUGAUAUGCAUUAUUUAAAUUAGUGAAACGAAGAAGCCUAUUGAAUUUCAGCAAUUUCGGAACGCCCUAACAUCAAAAGUUAUCUGCCGAUCUGUAUGAAAUUUUUAUGCAUCAUUUAAAUUAGUAAAAAGAAGAAUCCUAUUGAAUUUCAGCAAUUUUCAACCGACAAAUGCUGUCAUUCGAUUUGUAUGAAAUUUAUAUACAUCAUUUAGAUUAGUGAAAUGAAAAAGUCUGUUUAAUUUCAGAAAUGGCUCUUCUUUUACUUUGUGAACUUUGUGAAUGUUCAAUUGAUAAUAGUUAUCAUCCGAUGUGUAUGAAAUUUAUGUGCAUUAUUUAAAUUAGUAAAACGAAAAAGCCUGUCAAAUUUAAACUAUUUCUGUAAUUUACUUCCAGAGUUAAGGCCCUUGUUUCAGUUUGUAGAACCUUGUGAACCCUCAAUUGAAUUUCAGCAAUUUCUGAACGCCCUAGCAUCAAAAGUUAUCUGCCGAUCUGUAUGAAAUUUUUAUGCGUCAUUUAAAUUAGUAAAAAGAAGAAUCCUAUUGAAUUUCAGCAAUUUUCAACCUUGGCAAUGCUCGACCGACAAAUGCUGUCAUUCGAUCUGUAUGAAAUUUAUAUACAUCAUUUAGAUUAGUGAAACGAAGAAGUCUGUUUAAUUUCAGAAAUGGCUCUUCUUUUACUUUCUGAACCUUGUGAAUGUUCAAUUGAUAAUAGUUAUCAUCCGAUGUGUAUGAAAUUUAUGUGCAUUAUUUAAAUUAGUAAAACGAAAAAGCCUGUCAAAUUUAAACUAUUUCUGUAAUUUACUUCCAGAGUUAAGGCCCUUGUUUCAGUUUGUAGAACCUUGUGAACCCUCAAGCGACGAAAAUUAUAUUCUAAUCUGUAUGAAAUUGUCUUGUAAAUGCCCCCAAUUACCUACAAAAGAAUAAAUAUGCGACAGCCCUUGUCGACCGCUCAAAAGAUUUAGCUGCUAUUUGCGUAUGUUUCGUUGCCUGGCAACCUAACUUAUUUUUAUACGCACACAUUUUCAUGUCGUGGCCUCUAUCUGUUCAUCCACAAUUUGUUUGUGGACACUCUACAGGUCACAAAUUUUAUCCGAUUUUGAAAUUUGGGGAAUUAGGGGUUAUUCUUUGGAAAGUUUUUCUUUAAACCUGUAACAGGUUAUUCUUCCACGAUAGGUUUUAUUUUCCAUAAGAAAACAUGAUACAAGGUUUUUAAUACAGGAAUUCUGGGAUAUUCUCAUUUUGCGUAUGUGUAAACAUAGACGGUUUAUAUGCAAGAUAAAGUCCUCGACUUCGGUUAUGCUGGGGAAGAAAGACUUAAGAAAAAACCCUCGACGGAAAUACCUCGGCCUGCCGGUCUUGGUUUUUAUACGUCCACAUGGUAUAUUGUUGUCGCCCCUUUCCGUCCGUCCACAAUUGUUUGUGAACACUCUACAGGUCACAAUUCUUAUCCGAUUUCAACGAAACUUAAAAUAUAGGCUUAUCCUCCCAAGAUCUAGCUUCCUUUCGAUAUUGGCAUGUAUCUGACUGUAACCUCAUGGAAUAUGGCUCCUGAUUGUUCGAAAAAUCACGUUUUUAGCUUGUGGAUCUUCUAGAAGUCACAAUUUGUAUUCAGUUUUAAAAAAACCCAUUUAAUUAUAUCACCGUUACACACUAAUGGUAGUUGAAUUCAAAUUUCCUGAAAAUCCUACCGAAACUGCCCAACAAAAUGGUUGCUCCUUGUAAAAGUAUGUAAUACCAAGGAUGUGGACCAUCUAGAAGUCAAAAUUUUUAUCCGAUUUUGAUGAAACUUAAAAUGUGUGUUUAGUAACCCACACCUUUUAAAUAUAUCACAGUUACACCUUAAUUUUCGUGAAAAUCCUACCGAAAGGGCCUGAAAAAAUGGUUGCUCUGUGUACGCAAAUAGUGUAAUAAUAUGUAAUACCUAGAAGUCACAAUUUGUAUCCGAUUUUGAUGAAACUUAAAGGUGUGUUUAUAACCCAAAGAUCUCGGUUCCUGUCGAUAUUCGCACAUAUCGGACUGAAACUUCUGGGAUUAUCACCUCUGAUUGUAUGAAAAAUUAUGUUUUUAGCUUGUGGUCCCACAAUUUUUAUCUGUUUUAAAAAAAAAAAAACGUUUAAAUAUAUCACCGUUACACCCUAAUGAAAACUGGCUGCUCCUUGUAAGCAAAUAGUGUAAAAUUAUGUAAUACCAAUUUUGUACUUUGUAGACCCUCUAGACAUCAAAAUAUUUGUCUGAUUUUGACAAAACGAGAAAUAUAGGAUUAUUUCCAAAAAAUCUUGGUUCCUUUUGAUAUUGGCAUGUAUAGGGCCGUAACUUCAUGAAUUAUGGCCCCUGUCUCUGUACGAAAAAUCACAUUUUAAGCUUGUGGACACUCUAUAGGUCAAAAUUUUUAUUAGUUGCUUUCGAUAUUUGUGCAUAUCGGACCAUAAUGUCCUGGAUUAUGGCCCCUGAUUGUACAAAAAAUCACGUUUUUAGCUUGUGGUCAUAAUUUCUAUCUGAUUUUAAAAAAAAACCAAAAUUGUUUGAAUAUAACAACUCUUCCAGAUCCUAGUGUAAAAGUAUGUAAUACCAAGGUUGUGGGCCCUUUACAGGUCCCAUUUUUUAUCUGAUCAUUAUGAAACUUAAAAUAUAUGUUUAUAUCCAAAAGAUCUUGGUUCCUUUUGAUAUUCGUGCAUAUCAUAUCAUAAUUUCAUGGACUAUGACCCCUGAUUUACCAAAAGUUGGGUUUUUUUGUUUUUUUUUUAGGUUAUUCUCUAUCCAUCUUUUGCAAAAUGUGAACGUAUGUUGCAUGACAAUCGCUUGUUAUCUGAUUUUAAAAAUCGUUUAAAUAUAUCAUCGUUACAUCUUGAUGAUGGUUGAGUUCGAAUUUCAGGAAAUUGGAAACGAAACUGCUCAACAAAAUGGCCGCUCCUUUUAUGCAAAUAGUGUAAAAGUAUGUAAAAUAUGCUUACAUCUCAAAGAUCUCAGUUCUAUUCAUGGAUUUCAGACCAUAAUUUACUGGAUUAUGGCCCCAUAAUAGUGCGAAAAGUCACUUUUUUUUAAAAAUUGUUCUCUAUCAAUCUAUUGCAAAAUGUGGGUGUAUCUUGCAUGGCAACCGCUUGUUGAUUGUUAAUCUUAUUAUCUGUAUUGCAUUACAUUCAGUUAUUAAAUUAUCUUGUAAAGAAAGCGAUGGAAUAAACUUGACUAUCCUAUUUCAAUUGGUACAUAUAAAGUAUACCCUGGCAGGUAGAAUUAUUCAAAUUUUAAGAGGCAUUAGAACUUCCAACAGGAAAAAGUGAUUUCAUAUAGUCAUAUCACAGCAAAUUGAGAACUAUUUUUCUACUGACUGGGGAAGAUCUCCAAAUUCUAAUGCCUAUUUUAUACAACCAUCAUUAAUUUGUUGAACUUCAUUUAACCCUUAAAUAAUUAAUCUUUGUUAGUGUUUGUUACAUUCUACAUUAAUAAAAUAUCCCCAGAUUGGGUUUUGGAGAGAUGUCUAAUGUAUAUUUAGAUAGUAUUUUCUCAUUUAUUUAUUGGUUCAGUGAAAGUAGGGAUAUUACAAUUGUUGAUCAAUACUGGUAAGAUUUUUACACACUGUUUUUAUUAUUGAAAAACUCGCAUUUCCAUAUGUUUUACAUUACUUUACUAUAAAACAUUUACUUUUCCUUAUGAACUCUGUAAUAAACUUUGGAAAUUGAAAAUGUGAACAAAAAAAUUAACUCUGCAAAACGUGCUGAAGUAAUGACCCGAGAAAUCCCUCUUUUGCCAUUGCUGAAUUAGUUUCUGAUACUUGAGCUUUUAAAAGAGUGUGUCUAUUCUUCCCGUUCAGUCAAAUCUAUCCUAAGUACAGCAACAUGACAGCCCUUCGUUUAAUCUUGGGUCUUCCCUAAAACUUUGGACAGUGAUUUAAGGUACUAAAAACAGUGAAAGUAUUGUUCGUCUCCAUACAGUAUUGUUUACAUUGUAUCCGUAUUGAUAGCCUUGUUUGUCCCGCAAUUAGUUUUUCUGCAUUAUUCAGCUAUGCACUGGUCAAUUGGGCAUAAUAGAAUUGUGAGUCAUGAGGUAACAUUAUGUAAACAUAUUUGGUCCAAUUUGGAGCUCUGUUUAAAGCCUGAUGAUAUUGCUACACAGUUAGCUAUUGUUUGUUAAUCGGACUAUUGACCAGUCAUAAUUUGGAACAGAAAUUACCCCCAAUGAACAAAGUUUCUAAGUUUUAAAAAUUGCAAUGAGAACUUUGGCCUUUAUCACUUUCAUAAUAUUUCAUGAUUUCAAAACUAAUUUGGGGGAUUAGCUACAAAAAUAUACUGGUAGCAUUAAAUUAUUCUGAACAUGUAGCAUUCACAAUCCUCCAAGUUUUAUAAAAAUAAUUGCAAAUUUUAUUUUCUAUCAUGUUCACAGACUAGAAAAGUCAAAGAUGCUGUUGAUAACCUUUCCUUCUAUUACAUUCACAAUACUUUUAAUUUCCUAUGAGCAAUGACACCAAGUUUUACAAAAGUCCUUAGAAAACUUUAUUCUGUAUCAAGUCAAGCAUAUGGAAAAAAAAAUAACUUGUGAAAACAGGCACAAAUUAAUAUCCUUUGUACAACAAUGGUGAAGGCGCAACACCGCAAAAUUCUUUAGGAAUUAUAUUAUUGAUGUUUUUUGGGGUUUUUUUUAAUGACAAUUUUAUUGUGCAACGCAUAUAUAACCAAGUGAGAUGAAAUUGAUUUUUGAAGGAAAAUUGAAAUUCAGUGGUAUGAAUUGUAGCUGUUAAAUAAAAAAAAUAGUUCACAGGAUAAUGUUUGUGACAUGUAGUCAAUAUCUGUCAGUGAAAUAAAGACUUUAUUUAACUUUCAGAAUUCUGUUACAUAAUUUAACUUGAAUCGAUCUUUAGAAGUGAAAGGUGUAUAUGAAAUUAUAUUCAAGAAUCAUACAUGUACACAUGAUAAAAAACAUGGUACAGCUGGCUGGAAUGUGCUGGAGAAUGUCAAAUUUGGAUGAAUGUCAUUAACCUUGUAAAUUUAGUUAAUAGUCAUAGAAACAUUGAACAUUUCAUCACAGUGGGGCCUAGUGGGCACACACUACUUUAUCGUUCCAUAAAAUUUUAUUAUUCGAAUAACUGUAUGUGUAGCCUACAUCAGACCUUGGUUUUCCGUCUCAUCUGAAUGACUAUACGUUGUCCCUUGCCAGGCCACCUAUCCUGCACCACUAACAAGAAGGAUUUGGAACCAUGCCCAUAAAUCCUGAUGAACUUUCUCAGCCAAUGCAUGGAUCAAACACAGAACCACCAGGUUAUCGAACCAGUCUUACUCACUGAGCCACUGUGGUUCCUGAGGUAAUGAAGAUAGAUAUAUGCCAUGUAGUGUGCUAUGAGGAAAGAAAAUUCUGCCUGGGUCACUAUAUGGUCGCAAGCUAACCUAUUUCUACUAUAGCGAUUCUAACAAAAAAUGUUUAAUGUUUUCUAUGACUAUGAACACGGGACCUCCAUGUUAGCAAGACAAUUGCUUACUCAUCGCGACAACGUGAAAAAAAUAGUCUUCACCCUGUUGCCGUAGUGGUCCAUCUUUUUAUACGCCCCCAUUUCCAUGUGGACCCAGCCUUCUUGGCAAAUCCUAAGAUUUCCUACAAUUUUAUUAAUCUCUUUACACCACCAAAAUUGAUUGCCAAGGCAGUGGCUUUAUAUGUGUUUUUGGCUUUUGAUAAGAGAGCUAAAUCAAAUUUGGUGGCAACUACAUGUAACUGAAACCCCUUCCUUUCACUUGAUUUGAUAUUUGUUUAUUUGGUGCAAUGUCUAUUUUCUGUCUUGUCUGCAGGUUUAUCUUGUAGAUUUUUGUUUUGCAUAUACUGCGGUCCUCCUGCACUUACUAUUUGAUAUACAUGUACAGUAAUUGUACAUGUAGUAUACUGUUUGUAUGAAUGUAUUGAGUUGUCUAUGUAAUAUGUAUUAUUGAAUGUAUAUGACUAUGUCUAAGUGUAUAUGUAUGCAUGCUGUCCUUCAUGGACGUUUUGAUGCAAUAAACAUCUUAUCUUAUCUUA